UUUGUACUUAAAUAUACUAACCAAAAUAUGGUGUUAUUGGCCUGAGUUAUUACCAGAUAUACGGUGGAAUAAGGACUCUCUUCGACUACAUGAUUCAACAAAGACUAGUGUCAUCACGUAUUUUCAGUUUUAAUCUAAAUAGAAACGUUUCAGCCGAUUUAGGUGGUAAAUUUAUAUUCGGUGGUUCCGAUCCUGCUUAUUACGAAGGAAAAUUUACAUAUGUUCCUGUUACUCACAGAGGAAUAUGGCAAAUUACCAUUGAUAGUAUCCGACUAAAUAAUUUUACUUGGUGCGAGAAAAGCUGCCAAGCAAAUGUUGACACAAGUACUUGGAAAAUAAUUGGACCAGAAAAGGAUGUUUCACUUAUUAAUCGACUAAUUGAAAUUAAUUCACAUGGAAGUAUAAACUGCAGUAGAAUUUUUCAUUUACCUACAAUCACGUUUAAUUUGGGUGGUAAAGCGUUCGAUCUUACCGGUAAAGAUUAUAUCAUUCGGCAUCCAGAUGAUAAAAGUAUAUGUGUAACCGUCUUCUGGAAACACGACCUAAUAUACGACGAUAAAAUGAAAUGGAUUCUGGGCAUACCAUUUAUGGGUCGUUACUACACCGAAUUUGAUAUGGAGAAAAACCGAGUGGGAUUUGCUUUUGCGAAAAAUGUAUAGAAUUUAUCAAAAUGUAUAAAAAAUCUUUCACUUUCACUUUUUAUUGUGUACUUUAUCAUAAUUUUUAAAUUAUUUGUUUAAUUUUCGAUUAAAAAAAAAUUUAAUUUUUUAAUCGCUAACCGACAAAGUUCGCAGAUUAUAAAUGUGAAUUUUUGCGUAAUGCUUACAUAACUUCGUAUUAAUUUUCAAUAGCAAUAUUUUAUCGUGAAAGCAACUGAUAUGGGCUUAUAGUUAUUUGGAAUGCGAAUUUUUGCGAGUAAUUGCAUUCGCUAAGGUCAUUGUUGCAUGGCCGUCUAAUCGAUAUAAUCAAUCUAUUCUUUCGAAAAGCUGAUUACUCCUUCAUUAUCAUUCUUAAUUACGCGCACACUUAAUAAAUUAUUUUAAAACAAUUUGUUUUAAUUAUAAUACAAAAUAUUAAAUAAAAUAUUUUUACAUUUGAUUGAUCGAUAGAAAAAAUGAUCAAUAAAAAAGGUUAUGUUUCGAAUGCAAGUGAUUGUAUAUAUAACGGCCGUCAAAUGUCAAUGUAAAUGAUAGCUCUAGUAGACGAGUACAAUUUCUUUUUUGUAUGUCGUAACGUACAGAAAGAAAUUUACUGGAAAUUUCGAAAACAUGUUCCGCUUUCUCGUGAUGACUGUGAUGCUGACGGACGCAGAAAUCCAAAACUAAGUUCAUACAUUGUAUUGUAAGUUUACGUACAUAUCAGUAUAAUAAUUAUUGAAUUUAUAAAUAUUGAUCUGUCUCGUCGUGACAACAUUCGAUUUUCAGAGAUCCCAAACUUAUGUAAAACUUAUGUCGUGCAGUGCAAUAAAAGUUUUCAAUUUUAUAAUAAUGUUAUAAAAAUCAUUUUUUCUUCGCUAGAUUUAAUAAGAAUUGGAGAUAAAUGAUUACACUGGAUCUAGUAAAAUUAAUCUUGAAGCGCUCUCGUAAAUAUAACAUUUUUGCGGAUAAAAAAUUUCAAAAGUUUUCCCGUUUAACUUCCUACAUCUUCGUAUGUGAACAAGAAUUAAUAUGCUUCCGUUUCAUGAUAGAAUAGCUCGUUGUCACCGCUUUAAAAUAAUCUUGUUUUAAUAUAAAAUAUUUCCAAACCGCAUUAGAUUAUCGAUUUGUCGACUGGAUUUUAUUUGUAUUAUGCAUCAUGUGUUUUUAAAUGCAUAUUUGCGAUUUUGAUGUUGAACACGACAAGCGCGUUUUAUCUGAUUUAUUAUAUUAUAUAAAUUGUUAGAGAUUGUGGUGAUAAAUGAGCGAUAAUAUGUUCCACUUUUUUUCAUCCAACUAAAAGAAAAUAUCUCGGUCAUUUUUUUUCAAAUACUUGCGUAGAUCAGGAAUACUGGAAUCGAUUGCGUUCGCAGAUCGAAAAAUCGAUAUUAGCUUUGUUCAUUUGCUUAUGCAUUUGCUUAUGAAUAAUUUUAUGAACGAUAUCUAUAUUGUAACAAGUAAGCAUUAUCCAUCAGAUUUAGAUAUUUCGGAUUAUCGCUGAUGCCUGUUUCAAUCAAAUUUGUAAUAAUUUGAUUAUAAAUAUUAUAAUGUUAUUUAAAACAAA